CACACUCACCUCUCCUUUUGACUUUCUCAUCCAUUAUUUUCGUUCAUUCUCUCCUCUAUACUACUACUACUAACUUAGUUAUUACUCUUUCACGCUCCAACAUUUCAAACCAUAUUGAUAAUACUAUCAAACAAUGAACAACAACAACAACAACAACAAUAACAAACGUUCUCACCCUCCAAACCACCAUCAACCACCUCAUCAACGACCACCAAACCUCCACCAACCACCACCAAACCGUCAUCAACCACCACACCUCCCGCCUCGAAAACUCAAUCAACCACCUCCAACAAACCACCAUCAACCACCACCAAACCACCAUCAACCACCGUAUCUACCACCUCGUAACCUCCAUCAACCACCACCACAACCGCCUCGACAAAGUCAAAUACCAAUAAAACCACCAAAAAACAAACGAACAACACUAGCAUCAUGCAUUGUAGCAACCAUAUUCCUAAUCUUCCUAUUGAUCAUACUCUUCAUAGUUUACUUCUCCAUCUUCAAACCAAAAGACCCUUCCAUCUCCAUCGUUAGCUUCACCUUCUCUUUCUACGCCGCCGUUAAAAACCCGAAUCGCGCCAUCUUCACACACUUCGACAGCUCCCUUCAGCUCCUCUACGCCGGCAAUCAGGUCGGGUUCAUGUUCAUACCGGCCGGAAAAAUCGCCGCCGGUAAGUCGGAGUUUAUGGCGGCGACGUUCUCCGUUCAGUCUUUUCCGGUGUCUGCCACGGCGGCGCCGGUGGCCGGAGGGAAUAUUCCGGCGGUGGCGGGGGAGAAUAUUCCGGUGACGGACGGUAUCGAGAGGGUGAAGCCGACGAUGGAGUUGGAAAUGAGGAUGGAAAUGGUGGGAAGAGUUAGAGCUUUGUGGGUUUUUAGUCAUCAUGUUGAAACUACUUCUGAUUGUUAUGUUGAUGUCACCAUUUCUGAUGGAUCUGUGCUUGGUUUUCAUUGUAGCUAGCUAGGAAGGAAUGGAAAAAACUUUAUCUACCCAUCGGAUAAACUACCCACCAUUGAUAAAGACUUGUUGAGGAGUGUGGUAAUGGAAUCCAACUCAACAUAAUUAAUAUUUUUUUAAUCCUCUAUUAGUAGUGGGUUGUCUACCUGAUGGGUAUGUGUAGCAAUGUCCGGAAGGUUUUUGUCUUAGGUACUUUUUGGGAUUUGUGUUUGGGAGGAAUUUUAAUGGCGGAUUAGUUAGUUUUCUUUAAUUGUAUAAAGUUUUCUUGUUUAAUUAUGGGUGAUGUCUAAAUGUAGCAAAUUAGUCAUAUAUAGGAACAUUGUUUUUCUCUUCUCA